AAGUUACUUUGACCACAGUUAGGAAUAGCAGACAGAAUAUUAGACAUUUUAGGAUAAGAAUGAAUUUAAGAAAUAAAUAUUGCAUUGAUUAAAACAUUUUCAAUUAAUUGAAUAAAACUAUAGAUGAUGAUGAUGAAAACUAGAAUUUUGCAUCUUUUUCAGUGCUGAAUUAACUGAAAAUUUAAAUUACUAAAAGCUACAAGUACUCGAAAGCGGCAUCCACAACAAGCAGGUGCCAUACAUAUCUAUUGAUAGGAGAGCAUUCCUUUGCCAUUGUGGAGCGAGGAGAAGAACUAGAUAUGAGUGGGCUGGCUGCCAUACCAGACCUGCUCCCUACUCUUCCAUCUCAGCAACCUCAAAUCAUCAAAGAAGGAUGGCUCUUAAAAAGAGGUGAACACAUCAAAAAUUGGAGGCCCAGGUACUUUAUCUUAUUAGAAGAUGGAUCUCUCAUAGGGUUUAAAAGCAAACCCGAGCAUGGUUAUGCUGAUCCCCUUAACAAUUUUACUGUCAGAGGUUGUCAGAUAAUGAAGGCAGAUCGUCCCAAGCCCUUUACUUUUAUAAUUCGAGGGUUGCAGUGGACUACAGUUAUAGAGAGAACUUUUCAUGUUGAGUCAGAAAAAGAAAGGGAUGAAUGGAUGAGAGCUAUCCAGUAUGUUGCUGAUAAAUUGCAAGAUCAAGAUGUGGAAAUGUUAGAUCAGCAAGGGGAAGACAGUAUCUUUGAGAAACUGAACAUAUCAACAAGAACCUCAGCCAACAAAGGCAGAAAAAUUACACUUGAUAAUUUUGAGUUCCUCAAGGUCUUAGGAAAAGGCACAUUUGGUAAAGUCAUUCUUUGUAGGGAGAAGGUAUCAAACUUGCUUUAUGCCAUUAAGGUGCUCAAAAAGGAAGUUAUCAUUCAGAAGGAUGAAGUAGCUCAUACGUUGACAGAAAAUAGAGUUUUAAGAAACACAAACCAUCCCUUUUUAAUUUCUCUUAAGUAUUCAUUCCAGACAGCUGAUCGGUUGUGUCUUGUGAUGGAGUAUGUAAAUGGGGGAGAGCUUUUUUUCCAUCUCUCUAGAGAACGGAUUUUUAGUGAAGAAAGGACUCGUUUUUAUGGUGGGGAAGUUUUACUAGCCUUGCACUACCUCCAUACUCAAGGAAUUAUAUACAGGGAUCUAAAGGUGUUGGAAGACACUGACUAUGGUAGAGCAGUUGAUUGGUGGGGCUUGGGAGUUGUCAUGUAUGAGAUGAUGUGUGGUCGAUUACCAUUUUACAAUCGUGACCAUGAUAUUCUGUUUGAGCUCAUAUUAGUUGAAGAAGUAAAGUUCCCCAAAAAUCUGUCUCCUGAAGCAAAAAGUAUGCUAAGUGGGCUUCUUGUUAAAGAUCCCAAAAAGAGACUUGGUGGAGGGCAGGACGAUGCAAGAGAGAUCAUGAUCCACCCAUUUUAUCGUGCAAUUAACUGGCAGGAUUUGCUGGAAAAGAAGGUUACACCACCGUUCAAGCCACAAGUGACAUCAGAUACGGAUACACGUUACUUUGAUCAAGAGUUUACUGGGGAAACAGUGGAGCUGACUCCACCGGAUCAUGGUCCCCUUAAUUCCAUCUCUGAAGAAAUGGAACAGCCUUACUUCCAGCAGUUUUCCUUCCACGGUAGCAGUGGUGCACUUGGACAUAAUAUUGACCACUAAGCUCUGACUGUGGAAAGUUCAAAGUGUCUGUUUAGCAUAUAUAUUGUCUCAUGUAUUUGAUAGGGAGAAAAAAGGUCCUCAGUAGGGGCAGAUCAAAGAUAUUUUAUUAAAAAGUUGUCAGUUCAGAAGUUUUGAUCUACGUGUGCUAUAUCAAAGUUACGCCUCUCAAGUGAACGUUUUGUAAUUUUCUUUUCUCUUAUUGUGUUAGUAAAGAGAAGAAGAAGUAUGAUAUUCAUUUGUAAAUUCAGUGUAUGAAUGAUAGUGUUAAGAAGGCUAUUUUUUUGUAUAUUCAUAAUCCCGGUGCAUAUGUUAUUGAUGUGGGUAAAUUUAAAUCAUGUUAAAGGCCUUUGUUGUUAUCUUUGUCAUUGGGCAGUCUCUGUGCGAUAUGGUAACAUUGAAAUUUCUGCAUACAAUUCAAGAUUUCAGACAGGUCUGGUUGUGUAUUUUUGUGAAUGUUUGUUGUUGUUGUUUUUUUUUUUAGUAAGUGUGUAUUUUUCUUCUGUUGUGAUCUGCCCCUGCUUGAGUAAAGCUGGAUCUUUGUUGUACAAAACUAGUAGAAACACACCUAAUUGUCCAUUUGUGUUUCUUUCAUAUCUUAGUGUAAAAUCCAAGCCGGGCAGAGAAAGAAAGAAAGAACUCUGGAAAACCUUAGUUUCCUGAUAAAAUGUUAAGGUUGUUUUAAGACCUUGUACGUCCAACUAACACUUAGAUGUGGCUGAGAGUAAUUGUAGGAUGUGAUUGGUCACAUCUUACUUUCAUAUAAACCUGUAGAUACUUCAAGAGGUAUUGUUUUUUUUUUUUGUCAUGCCCAGCAGGAGAAUUUAUUCACAGUAGUUGCAGCUGUCCAUUGCUUUUUUUAUUCUUUAUUGUGACAAUAAGACUCGAGAGUAUAUUCUUCCACAUCACUGUUAGUGGUACUGUCAUUUUUUGUUUAAGCAACUAUAUCAUUUCUGUUGAACAGUUACUGCAUUUAACCAAGUGAACUUACACUGCUUCAUCUUCCCAAAGCAAUUUUUAUAAACCAAUACAGUUUAACAGUAACCUUUUUUUUUUAAUAUAAUGAACAAGCUUGUUAUAGCAAACUUUCAUUUUCAAAAACCAUUUUAUGUUAUGUUAUGUUCCACAUAUGUAUGUAUUUUUUAAAGAAAUGAAACAAAAAUAGAACUUCGUAUCUGCUAAUAUAUUUUUUUUUCUGUUUUUGACUUGUGUUUUCAGAAGAUCUUAGAUGUGGAAUAAAUUUUCUCUUGAAAGUAUGACCAGACAUAUGCAAUACUUAAUGCAUGUGAUUAAGUUAACUGAAUUAACUGUUAUUAUCUGAUCGUGGAUUUUCUUUGUUAUUCACUGUUCAAAUUUUUCUUAUGCUAACUGAUAAGUGCUGUGUAUUUAAAAAAAAAGUACUUUAGGAGUUUCUAGUAUUGGUCUCGUUAAUCUUUGUGUUAAAAAGCUGCAGUUUGGUUUUUUGUAUUGACCUGAAUGGCAUGUGUUUCAGUUAAGUGUAUGUAUGUUAGUUAAGGAAAAACAGAACUAAAUACAAGGAGAUGUGCCUAUUUUUUAUUAUUAUUUAUAAUUAAGACAUGCAUAAUGUAUAACCAUAAUUAGAUAGCAUUAACUUUUGUUAGCUUUAGAUUGCCCAGUAUAACAGAAUAUUAAAUACUGCUGGAAAUUUUCUUCCUGAAGUUGUUUUGUAAUCUUUUUGCAUACCUCUUGGGUCCCUUGAACUCAUUAAUUAUGUAUUUUUUCUUAGCCAAUGCAAGUAUGUCUGGUUGAAUCUGUAUUACCUGAGUAAGGUAAUGUUUUGUUUAUAUUUGGUAUUGUUGAUGAGUGUAAAUAUGGGUAGACAGCAGCGACCAUUUCAGUUAUAUAUUGUUAUGAUAAGGUUACACUAAUUUCUGCUUUAUUUGCAGUACUGUCUAGUGAAGGUUGUUAAAAUGGCAUUAGUAAAUUACUCUGAAUGAUAAUAAACAUGAUAAAGUUAAGUUUUUAGAUAUCAUUGGAGUAUCAUGUAAAAGUUAUUGUGACCUUAUUUUUAUUUUGCCACUGUCAACAUGAAGAAUUUUCUUUCUUUUAUUCUUAGCACAAAAGUAAUUGAUGGCUAAUAUUUCAUAGGAGUACUUGUUUGUAAGUUUAUCUUAUUUUACUCUCUGUGAAAAGUAAUGAAAACAUAGUAUCUCGUGAAUUUAUUGAUAAAUGCUAUUAUUACUCUAAAAAUAGUUUUUUUUUUAAUAUUAGGUCUCUGUUUUAUUGAAAGCCCUUUACAUGUAAUUAAGAAAACUCUUUACUGGCACGUCCCUUUUUUUGGCACCUAAUUUUUAUUUGCCAAUAACAAGAUCAGAUGAGAAAGUAAUUCUGAUUUAAAUAAUCAUAUGAAAGUGCAUGCACUUGUGACGAAUCAAUCCCCAUAACUGAUCAAUAACAAGAUCAGAUGAGAAAGUAAUUCUGAUUUAAAUAAUCAUAUGAAAGUGCAUGCACUUGUGACGAAUCAAUCCCCAUAUUUUCUAUAUAUGUCUAAAAAAUGGAAUUCUUGUUUCAUGUCAGUCUUACAUACAAUGAAAGUUGUGUUAUUCAACUGAUGCUUGUCUGGUAGUGUGUAUAUAAUAUAGAAUAUUGCUUCUGGUUUAAUCUGGCUAACCUACAAAAGAAAGACAUUUGCAGAUAUUUUUACAACAAGAAUUAUUGCUUGUGAUGAGGUGGUUUCAAAAUGUCAACCUAAACAUACCAGUGUUUGACUCUUUAAAUUUUUUUACUUUCCUUUUUCUGACAGAUUACCACUAUACAGGACAAUUAAAUGAAGUUUUUUUUAUUCAGUAUUCUGAAAAGUAUUUCUUGAUUAUAAGUCCAUACCAUGAACUAUUGGAAGUGUUGAAUUAGAAAAAAAAUUAUGGUCAUGUUAUAAGUUAAUUUUGUAAUUUCCUUAUUGGAAAUUGACUCCACGAUGCAUUUGAGAUUAAACUGUACUUGAUGUCAUGUAAAUGUAUCGAUAAUUAUUAAUAAUGAUCAACUGUGAUUCUACAGUACAUUGUCAUCUUUCUUGUUAUUGUAAUAAGGUUAUGACAACUAUCUGCCAUUAUUAGAUUGAGCAGUUUAAUCCACAUAUUGCCAACAAAGACAAACUUUACCACUUAAAUGUGAAGACAGGAAUUAUUAUACAAACCUAUUUUUAACAUCUCUGAAUAUAAAAUGUUAUGCAUUCUUGUACUUCAUAUCACAAAACUUAUAUUUAAUCAUGUUCUAUGACAGGUAGUAUGUUGAAUGAGAUUUGGAUUACCUUAAAGUUGUUUUGUACAAGAAUGUCCUAAAAUUUGAGGGUAGAAUUUUUUUCGUCGUGUGUAUAGUUGGUGACCUGUCAGUGCAAUUGUGGCUUUUGUGAAUUAGUAUACUGCUAUUCAUCCAAAUGUGUCAUUACUAGUAAACACGUGUAAAGGUAUAAUGUACCUAAUUUAUUUAGCAGACUUUAUUUUUUUCAUAAAAUUUAAUAAAAAACAAACACGAAACUUAAGCUUGUUGUUAGGUUUAACCUUUGUAUCCUGUCAUGUAUCACCGACACUGUAGCUCUUAUGUACAUGGAACUGGUAUAUAAGGCUAGAUAUAAUGACGUAACUGGAAAAAAAUAUUAAACUAACCACGAAGGUGGCAUAAACUUGAAGUUUGUUGGAACUAAAAAGCAUAUAAAUACUCUACUUUUCACCAGGUUUACUUGGCAUCUUCAGGUGAUUGACAUACCAUGGCCUGAAGUUGCCAGGUCAAUCUGGUAAAAUGUAGCGUAUUUAUAUACUUUUUACUUCCAACAAACUCCAAGUUUGUGCCAUCUAGAUUGUUAUUUUGGUAUACAAGACAUUUGGAUGUUUGUUUUUACCCUGAAACUUCAGUUUAGAUGUAGCUUCCAAAGACAUCAUUCAUUAGUACUCGUAUUUAAGAUAGGAAUACGUGUCUUAUUAACAAGUUUGAAGUUUCCCAAAGAAACAGUAGAAACAUCUGAGUGGAAAUUUAGUCAUCAUUAUUUUCUAUGCUAUAAUAAUCUUGAUUACUGAAAAAGAAGCUUGUUGCGUAUAAGGUAUGGGAGUGGCAUAUGUUUAAAUGAUUAAGAAAGGUGAACCUUGGUAAGAAUGUUGUCCUAAUUAUGUAUAGAGAUAAACUAAAACUUUUUACUUGUUAUUUUUUCUAAGCAUAAACAUACACACUUAAACUGUUCACAGAUGCUUUGCCAUCUUAUGCAUUUUGGAAUUAAAAUUAAGCCAACCUGUACAAUAUUUGAGAAAAUGAGUUUGGAACUAUUGUACUCAUAACAUGAAAUGAAAGUAGAAAAACACAAAGUGAAAAUUGUGAUUAUCCCGGUGGUUUAAAUAUAAACACUGGUUUUGUAUUUAGCUGUCAAAAAAAAAA